AUGAUGAGAUGCCGAGCCAUUCUACCACUCCAUCGACUCAGCAAACAGUUCUUCGGCACCAGCACUAGGCGGACGGCCCACUCGGAGCAGCCGGUCCGAUUACGCUUUGCACCCUCACCGACGGGAUAUCUUCACCUGGGUGGACUCCGGACGGCGCUGUUCAACCAUCUGCUGGCGAGGAAGCUCAGGGGGAAAUGGAUAUUGAGGAUCGAGGACACCGACCAGUCUCGAUUGGUCGAUGGAGCCGUCGAAAGUAUCAUCGAGACUCUCGAAUGGGCUAAGCUGGAUUACGACGAGGGUCCCAACCGACCUGGCGAAUGUGGACCAUACAUCCAAUCCCAGCGACAAACGAUCUACCAAGCCCAUCGGGACCAACUCCUACAGUCCGGACAAGCAUACCGGUGCUUUUGCUCCCCUGAUCGACUCGAUCAGAUGCGCCAAGAAUUCCGAAGCUCGGGCUCGAAUUUGACGUAUGACCGCAAGUGUCUACAGCUGAGUGAAGCCGAAGUGACGGAGAAGAUGUCGAGGGGGCUGUCCCAUGUGAUCCGGCUGAAGAACUCGGACAAUCCGGUCUCCGUCGACGACUUGGUCUACGGCCAACUGACCUUCAAGAACAACACCCAGGACGAUGUGAUUUUGAUCAAGGCUGAUGGGACACCGACCUACCACUUUGCAAACGUCGUCGACGACCACCACAUGGGCAUCUCUCAUGUUCUGCGUGGCGAGGAAUGGCUCUCCUCGACCCCCAAACACAUCCUCCUAUAUAACGCUUUCGGUUUCCCACUUCCCCGAUUCGCUCACCUGCCGCUACUCGUCAACGCUGAUGGAUCCAAGCUAAGCAAGCGGUCAGGGGACGUCAGAGUAGAGGACUAUAUCGCGAAAGGAUACGAACCGGAGGCACUCUUGAACUUCGUCGCCCUCAUGGGAAUGAACCAUUCGCGACAUACUACUGACGAGGGUAAGAAUGAGAACACGACGACGGAUGUGAUGACGAUGGAGCAAAUGGUAUCUGCCUUUUCGAUCGAUGUGAUCGGCAAACAUCGCUCGACGAUGUCUCAACCAAAGCUUGUCCAUUUGAACCAACAACACAUUGCCCGCAACCUGCUCUCGACCGAGCCUGACCAAGUCCAGCCAUGGAUCACACGUGCCCGCUCGAUCCUCCUUUGUGGACCAGCAAGGCCAGAGGUCUCCGAUGCUUAUGUGCAUCGGGUCUUGCUCGCUAUGAAGGAUCGACUCCAUGUUUUCAACGAUAUCAAGUAUCUUGCUGAAUACUUCUUCAAAUUGCCAGAUCUGAGCUCAUCAGAAGCACGCGAAAUGAGAAAAAAUAUUCCAGAUGAACUAUACCACAGGAUCUUGGACAGUUCUCAUCAAAUGCUAAGCGAGUUCCCGGAGGAAGAGACAGGAUACGAGCGCGAGAAAGUUGCGGCAGGUUUGAAGCAAGUGCGCGAGGCCGAUCCGGAGCUGAGCAGUAAACAGGUGAUGGUUGCGUUACGCCACGCCAUCACGGGCCGCAAAAUCGGACCUGGGAUGGCUGAGACGAUCGGGGUGCUGGGAAAGAAACGAACACUCGAAAGGAUCGAGGCUGCUCUCCGAUAA